AUGACAAAAGGAGGAAGUAAUCAUAAGAAUAACAAAAUCAAACCAAUAGAUAUUAACAAAAAAUUACUUAUAAUAAAAUGUAAUGAUGAUAUAAGAAAAUUAAUAAAUAAAGAGAGUCCAUCAGUAGAUGAAAUUAAUGAGAUAAAAAAUUUAUUAGAAAAUAAUGAAGUAAAAAUUGAAAAGAAAAAAAGGAAUAUUGUUAUUCCAAGGUUUAAAAUAUGUGAAGAUAGUGAAGAGGAAAAAAAUAUUAAAAAUAAAGAUACUAUAAAUAAUGAUGAAAAAAGAAAAGAUAAUAUAAAUGAUGAUGAGAAAAGAAAAGAUAAUAUAAAUAAUGAUGCAGAAAAGAAUAAAUCUUUAUCUGAUGAUAAUAAUAAUAAUAAUAAUAAUAAUAAUAAUUACGAUUAUGAUAAUGAUGAUGAAAAAAAAUAUAGUAUUACCAAAUUUGAGAAACCAUCACAUUAUAUAAGAUAUGAAUUAUAUAAAGAUCAAGUGACAGGAAUUAAAUUAAGCGAUGGUAGUAUUAUACAUUAUGAUUUAUUAAAAGAAGAUGAGAUAUUUUUAGAAGGAUUAAACUCCUAUUUAAAUAUACAUGUGAAUGAUGAGAGUUUUAGUAAAUUAAUAGAUAAAUUUGAGAAAUUAACAGGAAAUUCAGAUAAUAAGGAAGAAAUCAAUUUUAAAGAAGCAUUAAAGGCAGCAAGUGAUUUAAAAAUAAAUUAUAAAAGUAAUGUUAUAAAAGAUAUUUAUACAUAUUGGAAAAAUAAAAGAAAAAAAUUAGGAAGACCAUUAUUACGUAUGUUUUGGAAUAAUUCACAAAACAGUUUACCUCAUUACUCUGUAUUUAGACCUAGGGUUAAAGAAAAAAUGACUUUAAGAAAACAUAAAAAGAAAAAUAGUGAAAUCAUUAUAAAAAUGCAAGAAUUAAUUCAAGAUUUUAGAAGACUAGAUCGAAUAUUAAGAAAAAUCAAACAAAGGGAUGAAAAGAAACUUUUAUUAUUACAAUUAAAUGCUAUAUUAUUUGAUCAAAGAAUUAAUGAAAUUCAAGAUAAAACAUAUGUAUGUCCUAUGUGGAAUUAUUUUAAAGAUUAUAAAAUUGAGAAAAUUUAUAAAAAGUUUAAAAAAGAUAAAUAUUAUAAAAAUUCAUAUCAUCAUCAUUACAAUAAUAAUAGUAAUAAUAAUAAAUAUUAUUAUGAUGAAAAGGAAUAUGAAAAUUAUAAUUUCGAUGCUAAUGAAGAUGGUUAUGUAAAUCAUAAUUAUAUGGAUGAAUAUAUGAAUGAUAAUAUGGAUGAAUAUUUGAAUAAUAAUAUCGAUGCACACUCACAUUAUAAUUAUAGAGAUUCAAUAUAUAAUAGAAAAAUAAAUAAAAAACUAAAACAUUAUAUUAUCCAUCCUGAACAAAAAAAUGUACUAAAAAUUAAUCCUAGUGAAUAUAAAAAUGUUGUCUUAAUUAAAAGAAGAGGAAGAAGUAAUCGUAUGUGGGUAGAUAGAAAAUAUGUAGACGAAAAUAAUAUAAAUAAUCAUGAAAUUAAUUAUUGUGAUCUUUCAUAUGCAUUUAAUGAUUUUGUUGAAGCAUCCUUAACAUUGAAAAAAAAUUACGAAGAGGAUGUUUCAAAUUAUUUAUCAGGAAGAACACGUAUACCAAUAAAAUUGGAUAUAAGAAAGAGAGAUUUAAAAAAUGUUGGUGAUUUUAAUACAUCAUUAUUUUGUAAUAAUCAAAUUCAUGAUGAUUCACUUUUUAAUGGGAUGUAUGAUGAAUUGAAUGGGGAAAGAAAGAGAAAGAGAAGGAAAAAAAAAGAACAAGAAAAUUUAAAUGUAGAUGAAAAUUAUAUAAACUCGAAUAUAUUACUAGACAAUAUGGGAGAUCAAUUUGCUCUUCAAGCGAAUAAUAAUAUACAUCUUGAUAAAACUAAGGCAUCAUUAAAUGAUAACAAUAAUAAUAACAUUAUUAUUUGUAAUAAUAAUUUAGAUAUAAUACAAAAAAAUAGUACAACAAAUGUAAAUGUUGACUCAUCGAAUAUGAAUACUACUAAUAUUGUAACAUGUGAUCGUACAUCCAUUACCAAUGAUCACGAUGCAAAUAAUACUGAUAUUAAACUCAAUUAUUUUAUAAAUAAAGGGAAUAAAAUAAAUAUGAAUGAACCUGAUUAUAAUACUAACUUAUUAUUUCAUAAAAAUAACACUGAAGAAAAUAUGUUAAAUCAAUAUAUACAGAAUAAGAACAAUUUAUAUAAUAUAAACAAUAUAAAUAAUAUAAAUAGUAACAUAAAAAUUAAUGAAGACAAUACAAAAAUGGUAUCGCAUAAUAUACUAUCCUUGGAACAUCAAAAUUUAAAAAAUCAAGAUUUCUAUGAAAAAUAUGUUAGCACAAAUAUAACGAACAAUUAUAAUAAUAAUAAUAAUAAUAAUAUUCCUUACCCUUUGGUUAGUAGGAAUGAUAAAUAUGCUCCGUGUAUUUUUUCAAAAGAACAAAAUAAUAAAACAAUAUUUCAUUUUGAAGAUAUGAUUGACCCCUUAAUGAAUAAAGACAAUUAUUUAUUUUGCUUGAGUAAGUAUGUGUACGUACAAAAAAAAAUAUUAUUUUAUUUGGAACACUUAUUAAAUUUCGAUAAUUACAAUUUUAAGAGUAAAAAAAAAGAGCUACCCAACAAUAAGGAUAUGAACAUUAAUUUAAAAAUUAACACUAACGAUAAUAUAAAUAAUGAUAGUCUAAAUAAUGAUAAUAUAAAUAAGGACAAUAUAAAUUGUGAUGAUAUUAAUAAUAAAAAAAAUGAUGAUCUUAUUAAUAAUACAUUAUCUGAACUUAACGGAACAUGUCUUAAAAGUAAAGUUUCACAUAAAAGCUUAAAACAUAAAACAGCAAAGGAUAACAAUAUUAAGUGA